GGGGGGAAGGGAUUAAGUCGCGGCGGAGGAAGGUGGGAAGGAAUUUCAAAUUCCGGGCCUACCACUAGCGUAAAAUCACAGGGAACCUACGAAAAGCUUGACGAGGAAAAGCUUGAUGAGUAUAGUCUUUCAUUCUCCUUCCUCACUAUUUAAGUUCCCUCAUGUUAAGAUAAUCAGAGAGAGAGAGAGAGAGAGAGAGGGAGAGAGAUGGAAGGACAUAGGAAGGGACCUGUAUGUGUAACUGGUGGAACAGGUUUUGUAGCUUCAUGGCUGAUUAUGAAGCUUCUUCAACAAGGUUAUUCUGUCCACACUACAACUAGGUCCGAUCCAGACAAGAAGAAAGACAUUAGCUUCCUCACAAACUUACCAGGCGCAUCAGAAAGACUCCAGAUUUUCAAUGCAGAUCUUGAUAUCCCAGACAGUUUUGAUGCAGCAAUUGCAGGAUGCGUUGGAGUGUUUCAUGUUGCUCACCCCAUGGAUUUUGGGGACAAGGAAACAGAAGAAACAAAGACCAAAAGAGCCAUCAAUGGGACACUAGGCAUUUUAAAGGCAUGCCUUGAAUCAAAGACAGUUAAACGAGUUGUGUGCACUUCCAGUGCAUCCACUGUUUUUGGUCACAACCAGGGUUUAGAUGUAAUUGAUGAAAGCACAUGGACUGAUGUAGAUUUUCUUAGAGAUCUAAAAGUUGUUGGAGCUUCGUACACGAUUACCAAGACAUUAACAGAAAGAGCAGCUUUAGAGUUUGCAGAAGAACAUGGAUUGGAUCUCGUGACCGUCAUUCCUGCUCUUAUCCAUGGCCCCUUCAUUUGUCCUCGUUUGCCUGGUUCAGUGCGCACGUCAAUGGCUAUGAUUUUUGGUGACAAGGACCGCUAUAGUUUUCUUGUGGGUACAUCUUUGGUUCAUGUAGACGAUGUGGCCAGUGCACAUAUUUUCCUUCUUGAAUAUCCUAAUGCAAAAGGAAGAUAUAUAUGUUCAGCAGUCGAUAUCACAAUUCAUGAGAUGGCUGAAUUUCUUUCAUCCAGAUACCCUGAAUAUCAAAUGCCAACUGUCGAAUGCUUAAAGGAUAUCAAAGGGGAUAAAUUUAAUGGCCUAUCAUCAAAAAAACUCUUGGAUACUGGUUUCAAGUUUAAACAUAGACUUGAAGAUAUGUAUGAUGGAGCAAUUCAAUGCUGCAAAGAACAGGGUUUUAUCUAGUCCAUUGUGACAUUUGUGAUUGAAACUUCUUUUUUCUUCUUCGUCCCUCUGUUGUGUCCAUAUUUUCUGUAAGGAAGAAGGCAAUAUAAAAAUUCCACCAACAUGUUUGCACAUUUAAAUAAAGCAAGUCAUAUGCGUGAUUGUGUAUCCUUUUGUAGCUUCAUUAUUGACUUGGCCCAAAUAUUGUGUUCAUUUACUAUUUCUAUGAAUUCAUUGGUAUCAUAUGCUUUUGUGUCGUGAUGGAUAGAUUAGAGGAGGGAGCAAGAGAUUUUGCCACUUUUGAGAAUGUCUAAUAUUUCAGAAUCGUCACUUACCUUGGUGAGUUCUUAUGCCAGCCUGCUGAUCAGUUGAUGCUUGGUUCUUCUGCACUGAGGAAUCUUCUCUGGCGAAUUGGUUCUACAUUGACAUUGAAGCCACUCUGAGGUUGAACAAAUCAGCUCAUGUCAGUGAGAAACUCGAUAUUGGUUGUGUUUGCUGCUCAAGAUUGGAAAAUUCCUGUCAUGAAGUUUUUUUAAGAGUUCACGUCUUGUGAGAAGUGCAUCAUAUGUUGUUUUGUGGCAUUGUUGAAACUGUUUCAGCAAUUUAGUAAGUUUCUGAGAGACUUUUUUAAGGAAGUCUAAUAUAAGGAUUCUUCAUAACUCUGGGGAUUUCUCUCAUUUAGGCACUAUUGUUGCAGAUGUUCAGCGUGUUCUUCAUUUGGUUGUUUUUUUUUCUUUGUUCACCGAUAGACGAUCAAGAAAUUGUGUAACUCACCAACUGUCUAGAAAGGCUAGAUGUGG